AUGUGUUCGAGUGAGGGUGAUUUUGAAGAUCAUGAAGAUGAUGACCUAUUCAAUGAGUAUGUUGAUGAGGAUAUUGCAAAGAGAGUAACAAGGAGUUUAGGUGGAUUGCAUACAGCUCAUGACCAAGAAAGAGGUGAUGUGGCAGAAGAGACUGAUUAUAUAGCUAAUGAGGAUGAGCUGAUAGAUAUUGAUGGUGAUGAUGGUAGUGUUUUAGGGUCAGAUGAUGAGGUGCCAAAUUACCCUGAGUUCACUCCAGAUGUGGAUUUCAAGGGCAAGGUAGAAUUGACCAAGGGCUUGAAGUUUCCAUCAAAUGAGAUAUUUAGGAAAGCUUUGAGACAUCAUGCAAUAGAGAAUGGUUACGAUUAUUACUAUUUGCACAACAACUCUAGGGUUUUUGCAUAUUGUGCAAAGAGAUGUAAGUGUCCUUGGGAAAGAGCAAGGAUAUUAAAGUGCAAAUGCAAUGACAAUAGGAAGUGUAGAUUUAGGAUUCAUUGUAAGAAAUUGAAAAAUGAGGAGACUAGGCAAAUAAAAAGCCUCAGGUUGACUCACAUUUGUGGCUGGCAGAGUGUGAAUUCCAAGCUCACAUCACAGUACCUAGCUGAAAGGUACUUGGAAGACUUUAGAGAUGACCCAUCUUGGAAGUUGGCAACAUUCAUAAAGAGAGCAAGGAGAGAGUGUAAGUGUGAGGAAUUACAACCAGGGAGCACAACUGUGGUUAAGGUGGAUGGUGUACAGAACCUUAGGCCACAGUUUCAGAGAUUGCCACUAUUAGGUGUGGAUGGAGCUAACUUGAAGGGGCCCCGCCCUGGCAUCCUAUUGACUGCUGUCGGGAAAUGCGAGAAUAAUAACAUAUUUCCCGUAGCAUGGGCUAUAGUUGAGAUAGAAAAUGCAGAAACAUGGGGGUGGUUCUUGGAGUUGCUAAGGAAUGACAUAGCCUCAGUUGCAGAUUUAGUGACAUGGGUCCAUGAAAAAGAUGAAUUAACGUACAUGUUAGACAGACAGAAGGGUUUGUUGGAUGCAUUCAACACCGUCAUGCCUAAUGUGGAAACAAGAUAUUGUUGCAGACACAUUUGGAGCAAUUUCAAGAGCAAUUACCCAGGAGUUAUUUACAAGGAUACUUUUGGAAGGCCGCAAGAUCGCCAACUAAGGUAUGAGCAUUUGAAGAUUCACAUGGAAAAAAUCAAGGUAAUCAAUGUUGAGGCCUUCGACUACUUACAAGCAAUCCCAGUUGAACAUUGGUCCAGACAUGAUUUUAGUAAUGCUUCUAAGUCUGGAAUGUUGCUCAACAAUUGUUGUGAUAGCUUCAACAAUGUUCUGAGGGAGGCAAGAACCAAGCCUAUUUUACAGUUGAUGGAAUGGAUUAGAAGGUAUGUCAUGGCUAGGUUCUGGUCCAAGAAGGAGGGGUUGAAGCACUUUAGUGGACUGAUCAUGCCUUCAGUUGUGAAAAUAGUGCAAAGAGGAUUGGAAGAAUUAACCAACAUGAGAGUCAAUCAAGCUGAUUUGUAUGAAUUUGAAGUAGAUCAUAAUGAAGAUACUUGGGUGGUAAACCUGGAGAAAAAGGAAUGCAGUUGCUAUAGGUGGACAUUGAUGGGCAUAUCAUGCUGGCAUGCUUUGGCAUGCAUGGAAAAGAGAAGGCUACAAUAUCAAGACUUCAUACAUGAAGCUUACCAUGUUCAUACUUAUUCCAAAACAUACAACCCUUCUUUUAGGGCAAUGCCAGGGCAGAAUCAAUGGCCUGAAACUCCUUACCCUAAACCACUGCCACCACAACACAAAAAGCUUCCCGGGAGGCCAUCCAAACACAAAAGGAUAAAAGAGGUUGGUGAGGAUGGAGAAGCAAGGAAUGUGGAAAGGGCUAAGAAGCAAAAUCAUUGUAGUAGAUGUGGUGGACUAGGGCAUUAUGCAGUGAAGUAUAGAAACUCGGCAGUGGACAAAUCUGCAGACCCUAAGAGAAAAGGUGGAAGGCCAAAAUCCAGAACAACAGCUACUAGUGGUGGUGGUGUGAAUGAGGUGUCUGCUGCAGCUUUUGAUGGUGGUGCAAGGACUAAUGACAUUGGUACAUCAAGUCAAGGUGCAAAUAACAAAAAAGGGGAACAAAAAAUAAGCAACAACAAAGAAGAAAGGCAAGAGAAGGAAUGA